GUUGAUGAGAAGUGUCUUAAUGAUGAUGGAUCCGUCAGUGAACACGCGUGGAGCAGAAGACUGUCCGGCGCAGUGUACUGAAUCACAAGAUGAUUUUGCUCCAUCAAAACUGGGAACAAAGGAGUUCUGGGAUGAUGCCUAUAAAAGGGAGCUGCAGACUUACAAGGAUAUUGGGGAUGUGGGUGAAAUAUGGUUUGGUGAGGAAAGCAUGAAUAGAGUGAUCAAAUGGAUGAAAGCCAAAAAUGUACCUGAAAAUGCUGCCAUACUCGACAUCGGGACUGGAAAUGGGAUCUUCCUUGUGGAACUGGCCAAGCAUGGUUUCGUAAACCUUACUGGGAUCGAUUAUUCCAAGGCGGCUGUAGAGCUCACCAUAAAUAUUCUGGAAGAGCAAGGCUUAAAAAAUGUUCAAAUUCAGGUGGAGGAUUUCCUGAACCCCAGCACAGAAAUGAAGAGUUUUGAUAUAUGUAUAGAUAAAGGCACAUUUGAUGCAAUUAGUUUGAGCCCAGAAGACAGAGAAGAAGCCAAAAAUCGUUAUGUGGCCUCUUUAAGAUCUGUUAUGAAGCCGGAGGGUUUCUUCAUCAUCACCUCCUGCAACUGGACCAAAGAGCAGCUGCUUCAGAUCUUCAGACCCGGCUUUGAGCUGGUACAAGAACUGCCCACCCCUCGCUUUCAGUUUGGUGGUGUGACUGGUAACAGUGUGACAGCUUUGGUAUUAAAAUGCAUUGAGUGAACCUCAAGUUUAAGAAAACACUUUGUUUUUUUUGUUUGUUUUUUCAAAUAACUUCUGUUUUUGUAAUGUCUCGUAAUGUCAGUUGUGGAAAUUUUUAUUAAAUUAUUUUGAAAAUUUC